AUGUUGUCAAGGACCGGACUAUUGCAAGCAGGAUGUUUGCUGAGGGCGGCUUCCUGGCGGACAAGCGCCUGCCUUCCUGAUGCUUGGCCCAAGCAUGCAGGCCAAAAGCGCGCACAAACGACCACUUCCUCAUCGCCAUUUCACGACGAUGUGCACGCAAAUGGCAUUUUCUACCACGCGCUGACCUCCUCGGGCGAUCGAUAUGCACUGAGCUACUCCUCCAAGGUGCCGAGCUCCGCCGAACAACCUUCUGUACUAGGCAUCCUCUCCCUGCCAUCCUCGGCACAAAUCACAGCCCAAGAUGGAUCGCGUUUGGCUCCUUCCCAACUAGCCCAAUCACAUGCCGAAGACUUUGUCACCAAUCCCAACUUUCACAGCUUUUUGCAUAGCGUCCUCAAGCUCGCCGCACUGGACGACGGCAUGAUUCAAUACGAAGCGUUCCUGCGCAAGAGCGGCUUUGCGCACGUGGCAGGUGGGUCGAAUGCGCUUCGUCUGAUCCUGCUUUAGAGUGCAGCGCCCCAAUACCUGUAUGCUGAUAUUCCACUCUCUCCCCAUCCUUGCAUCUCAUCUCGACGUAGAUCAAAGAGAACAGCUAAUGCCAGGUCGCAUUCCGUACCCCGAAAACAUCCUCGCUUCCAUAGGUUUCGACAAUCAAGAGUUGGUUGGGGAGACAUACUCGCCCAACGAGGUGCACAGGAUCAUCACGAAGGAGUUGGGCGUCAUGGUUCUCAGACCUGCGUGGCACGCCAGAUUGAUGGAGGAGCUGGACAAAGCUUGA